AUGUCGUCCGCCAAAGUCAAGACCGGCCAGCUCUGGGGCAAGAGCAAAGACGACCUCGCGAAGCAGCUCGAUGAAUUGAAGACCGAGUUGGGCCAACUGCGCGUCCAGAAGAUCGCCGGAGGUUCCGCGUCGAAACUCACCAGAAUCCACGAUCUCCGCAAGUCCAUUGCAAAGGUCCUCACAGUCAUCAACGCCAACCAACGCUCGCAACUCCGCCUUUUCUACAAGAACAAGAAAUACCUCCCACUCGACCUCCGAGCAAAGAAGACCCGCGCCAUCCGACGACGACUCACCCCACACCAGGCCGCCCUUAAGACCGAGAAGCAGAAGAAGAAGCUGAUGCAUUUCCCUCAGAGGAAAUAUGCCGUCAAGGUACGUAUCUCGCAAGGCGACGGACACGCCUCGGCAGUCAAUAGCUACAACAUGGAUGCUAAUCGCGACUCCGCAUAUAGGCAUAAACGUUUCGUUUUUCCUCCUGGUUCAAGUUUCUAA